CUCUGCACCUUCGUCGCCGUCGAGCCCGUCGAUAUUGCCGCCUCUCGCUGCACUGGACGACACGCCAGGCUCGGUCAAUGAUUGGCCUUGGUGGGCGGCCAGCACUGCAGCAGCUCGCGCAGCUACACGGACAGACCAUCAGAUCAGGUACACAUCCUCGCUGUUGGACUCACGCUGCUUGCGGCCCAUCGCUGUCCUCCAGCACCGGCUUCUCGGUGACUUCGGUCGUCGCGUCGAGCGUCGCACGCCGACCGUCGAAGCUUCAGAGCUGCACGCAUCUCCACCCUUACACGCACCCACCAUGGCGCCGGAUAGGCCGACGCGAGUGCAUUACAUGCCAGUGAUGCUGCCAUCGAGCGCACAAUCAGAAAAACUCAGCUUGCCUAACUAUCCUCGAACACCUGCAAUGCGCUCGGCUUAUCGUCUCACCGCGUUCCAGUGGCGAGUCUAUGACUUGCUGCACAGUCAGAUCAUCCCUGCCGGUCGCGUGACAUCAUACGAAAGUCUGGCACGUAGGCUGAGCUCUUCACCGCGCGCAGUUGGCGGCGCCUUGAGACGGAACCCUUUCGCGCCCGUGGUACCUUGUCAUCGCGUCGUCAAAGCAAGCGGCCAGUUGGGCGGCUAUAUGGGCCAGUCGAGCAGCCGCAGCAGCAGCAGCCAGGGCGAUCAGAAGCGACUGCAGAAGAAGAUAGAGCUGCUUGCUGAAGAGGGUGUGCUCUUCGACGGAAAAGGCAUGCUCAGGGAUCCCAGCCAGCUCAUAUGAGACGGAAUGCAGGCGUGUUGUACCUAUGUAUACACUGAACCGAUUUACAGAGCUAC